AAUUUUUUUGCCAGAUCGUCUCUCUCUCAAAAGCUUUUCUCUCUUUUUCUCCUUUGUCCCCUCCACUUUACCGUUCACGAAGCUUUCACGAAGGAAUCUAUUGAAGAUUUAUAGUGUUGAAUCACAAUGCCAGAAGCAAGAGACAGAAUAGAGAGACCAGUUGAUUACCCAGCCGCAUUUCUCAAUAGACGCUCGCAUGGUAUUUUACUUGACGAACCAGCAACACAGCACACUUUGUUUGGGUCUCCGGUUCAGAGAGUGCCGUCCGAAGCUACCGGAAUUGGGUCAGUUGGUCAAGGAUCUAUGACGGGAAGAGGUGGGCUUGUGAGGGGUAAUUUCGGUAUUCGGCGGACUGGUGGUGGUAGAAGAGGUCAAAUUCAAUUUAGAUCGCCACAGGGACGAGAGAACAUGAGCUUGGGUGUUACAAGACGUGGAAGGGCUCGUGCUUCAAAUUCUGUGUUACCUUCUUGGUAUCCAAGAACGCCCCUCCGUGAUGUUUCUGCUGUUGUUAGGGCUAUUGAGAGAAGGAGAGCUCGUAUGGGAGAAGGCGUUGGCCGAGAUAUUGAGACCCCAACUCCACAACAGCUUGGGGUUCUUGAUUCUCUAGUACCACUUUCAGGUGCUCAGCUCGAGCAUGAUUACUCUAUGGUUACUCCUGGUCCAUCUGUUGGAUUCAAGCGUCCCUGGCCACCCUCAACUGCUAAAGUCCAUCAGAUUCUGCUCGACAUCACAAGAGAAAAUACAGGGGAAGAAGAUGCCCUCACUCCACAGAAGAAGCUCCUCAACUCUAUUGACAAAGUGGAGAAGGUUGUGAUGGAAGAGAUUCAGAAAAUGAAAAGCACUCCUAGUGCAAAGAGAGCAGAAAGGGAGAAAAGGCUGGAGAAAUUUGCUGACAUCCGUGAGGAGGAGAAACUGAAGCUGGUCGAGUCUGUGGCUAAGUGUUGCAGAGAAGGGUUGCCUUGUGACUUGAGUAGCCAGUUCAUAAAAUACACCAACAAUGUAAUCUGCAGGAUGGCGAUGAGCACGAGGUGUUCAGGUACUGAUAAUGAAGCAGAAGAGAUAAGGAAGCUGGUGAAGACAAAUUUGGAGCUUGCGGGGAAGAUCAGUGUAGGAGAUGUGUUGGGGCCAUUGAAAGUACUGGAUUUUUCUGGGAACGGGAAGAAAUUAGAGGCUCGCUUCGACUGGAAGAGUGUUGAUGGACAGAAGGUCGAUCUGAGCCAAGGUUCUGGUUUUUCUGCUGAGAUGGCUCGUCCACUUGUGUGCAACCCUGUUGAUCACUUUAAAACCUUCUAAGUGCUUAUGUAUACCGCUAGAUGUUACCUGUUUCUAUAAGAUUUCCCAAGAAGUAUAUGUAUAAAGGAACCAUGGUUCUGUAUAAUUUCAAGACUCUUACAUAAAACUUGCUCUCCAAAUAUGAUCCCUUAAAUCAAUAUGAUAAAUAAUACAUCUGUGUACUGUGA